CCGUAUCUUCUUUCAUCUCCUCUGACUCCAGCUCCCUGAAAGCCUUUUUUGGACUCUCUCUUCAUUCCACUCUUUCGCAUUCACCAAUUCUUUUUUUUCUCUCUCUCUCCUCCCUUUCUCUUUCUCUCUCUCUGUCUCUUGAAAAAAAAAGAAAAAAAGGGGAAAAAAGGAGGAAAAAGGGAGGAGAAAAAAUCUCCUCCUGAUUCCGGCUUCAUCGUGGGGAGUUCUUCAUUGCUGAGGGAUUUUGUGUUGUUGGUUUUUUGCAAAGGAGGAGUUGAAAGAAAAGAAGGAGAGGAAGAGGGGGGUGAAAGAAGGAGAGCUCCAGCAAAAAACCAAGAUUGAGAGGAGGAUCUGGGAGGGGAAGAAAAGGGGGGGAAAGAAGGAGGAGGGGGCAGUGGCUGGGCAGGAAUUCUUCUUCCUCUGCCCCCCUUCUUUCUUCUCCUUCUUCUUCUCCUUUCUUGCCCACUUUCCCCCUCCUCCUUUCAACACCCCCCUGAAAAGAUCUCUGCAAAGAGGGACCCACAACAGGCAAGGAGCCCAGGGCAGGCCAGGACCCCCUUCCCCCCAACAUUUGGGCAUUCUUCUCUUCUUUUUUUAGUCUGGAUCUUCCUCUCUCCUCUCCUCUCCUUCCUUUCCCCCUGUUUCUUUCUUCUUUCCUUUUCCUUUCCCUGCCCCCCUCAAAAAAGGACCACCCCAAAAGAUGCCUCUUUUCCUCCAAAAACUGGCUCCAUCUUUGGCUCUCAAACUUUCCGGAUCCUCCGCCAAACUGCUGCCAAAAAGCCCAGCAUCGAUCUAACUUUCCUGAUCCCACUCUCCUUUUUCUCUUCUUCUUCUUUCCCUUUCUCUCCCAAAGUCUUUCUCUCUUUAACGAGUGCCUUUCUUGACUCUCUUGGCUGCCUUUGCUGAGCUGCCUCUUGGGAUUUGGUCUGGAGUGUCUGCUGCGAUUGUCAAAAAAAGGAGGACAACAAAAGAAGGGAAGGAGAAAGAGAAGGAAAGAAAGAAAGAAAAAGAGAGCCCUUGCUGCUGCCUCUCCCGCGGUGAGGAUGGUGGCCCUGGGCAUCUCCUGGCUUGGAUUCUAUACUGGGCUCCUCUUCGCUUUGCUGGAACUCUGGUUCAUCGAAGGACUCAGCCUGGAACCCAUUUACUGGAACACCUCCAACAAAAAGUUCCAGAACGAGGGAGGCUACGUCUUGUACCCCCAGAUUGGUGACCGCCUGGACUUAAUCUGCCCGCGCUCGGUCCCCCUGGGUCCCUUCUCCACCGAGGACUAUGAGUAUUACAAGCUGUACCUGGUCCAGACGGAACAGGCGGAACGCUGUGAGAUCCUGCGCACCCCCAACCUGCUCCUCACCUGUGACCGUCCAGAGCAUGACAUGCGCUUUACAAUCAAGUUCCAGGAGUACAGCCCCAAUCUCUGGGGUCAUGAGUUCAAGACCAACCAGGAUUAUUACAUCAUUACAACAUCAGAUGGGACUAAAGAAGGCCUAGAGAACAUGAAAGGUGGAGCCUGCCUCUCCAAAGGCAUGAAAGUCGUCCUGAAGGUCGGACAACGUAUGUCACAACCCAACACAGGCUCCAAAUCCCAGAAGUCCAUCCCAGACACACCUGCUGAGAAGGAGCGAGGGACAUCAGGCGCCGUCGAACCCAACAAGGAGAUGAACCCAGGACCCCCAACCGGAAACACCACUGGGAAGGUGGGGGGCGAGAAUGGCCCCCUGCCACAGUCCAAUGUGCCCAUCAUUGCAGGUGCCGCCGGGGGAGCAGCCUUUGUCCUUCUGGUGGCGGCCGCCGUGACGGGGGCCCUGUGCUACCGCCACCGCCGGGCCAAGCACAGUGAAUCCCAUCAUCCACCUCUGUCACUCAGCACCCUGACCAGCCCCAAGCGGGGCGGUGGGGGUGGUGGGGGCAACAACAACGGCUCUGAGCCCAGCGAUAUCAUCAUCCCGCUCAGGACUUCAGACAGCGCCUUCUGCCCCCACUACGAGAAGGUGAGCGGAGACUACGGGCACCCCGUCUACAUUGUCCAGGAAAUGCCCCCGCAGAGCCCCGCCAACAUCUACUACAAAGUAUGAGGGGGGGGGACAGCAGAGCUCCCUCCGGCUGCUUCUUCAGCCCCCCUAGUUGGGGAGGGGAGAACUCAGCACAGACAGGGGAGGGCAGACGGGACACCGACACCACCCCACGUCCCUCUCGCCCACCCCGAGGCGGCACACACGGGGUCAACGCACAGCGGCCUGGGCCACCCUCCCUCGCGCAGAAGGGCCACUGGAACUUGGACCCUCAUCUGCCAAUGUAACGGAGGCAUGGACCUUUUGUACCUCUCAGUGGCCUUCCCCUUUCAGUGGAUUCUGGCCUGGCUAUGAUGGACAGAAUGGAGGACAUGACUCCCUGCCCGAACCUGCUCCCUGUCCAACCAGAGAGAGCUUAAUGGAGACAAUGUGACCCCCGCAAGUUAAAGAAAAGGGCUGUGCCCCCUCCCUUCUCCUCACCCCAAAUUGGUGGGGUUUUCUGGAGUCCGUCGUGGCUGCUCUCAGCUCUUGUUUUACGGUUUCGGCACUCGGAAAGAGAGCUAAGCUUUUGCUGCUCCGGAAGGGUUCCUUACCUAUCUGUGCCUGCGAGCCCAAAUGAAUUUAGGAACAGGUGAAAAACAAAAAUCUGGGGUCUUCAAUCUUCACCUGCAAAUAUCCUUGCAAUAACGGACAUUUACUUUCUUGUCUGUCUCGUUUUGUUCCGCCGCACCCACGGCGUAACAAAAAUUCCAUGCUGUUAUGGUUAGAGAUAUUUUGUCAGGAUAAAAAUGGUGGUGGCUGGGGGGAUGCUGAAUUUAAACUCAAGGCUGUAUGGUUUGAUCUUAAUGUUACUGCCUUUCAAAGCAACAACUAUUUAGCAAGAGUUAGGAUUUUUUUCUUUCCUCCUCCCUGCUUUCAUGUGCCCCUCAAACCUGACAUUUCAAACUUGAAAUCUGAAAUUUUUUGAAGGUUUACACAGCUUCAGUACCCUGCCAAGUUUACUUUGGGCUCCAUGAUAUUUCCUUUCUCCUUAUUCCUGUUAUCUUCUUGAGACUCCUAGAAGGAUUAAUAAAUGCAAGGUCAGGUUCUCCAUUGCUCGGUUGCCUCCUCUCCACCAGCCAUCCCCCCUCAUCCAUAAACAUGCAAACUGCCACAGGUCUGGUAUGCUCCAAACCAUGUGCCUGUCCUUGUGAACCUCUUUCAUCCUUCAAAUUAAAUUCCACUGAGAAAGGAGUGAAGGUUUCUGUCUUACCCUGGGUGACCAGAUAUCCUAACCACAAAGGAGGUCAAGGCACCACAACAUGUAGGGCAUUCAAGAAAAAUGUCGGACAUUACAAAACAAAAGCUGAAAACGUUAAUAUACAUCCAACCUUCUUAGUCAUGCUCAAAAUGGUGGACAUGUUGAAAUUCUUCCUAGGACAGAAGGCUGAAACAUAGGACAUGUCCUGGAAAAAGAGGACAUCUGGUCACCUUGGUCUUACCACCUCCAUCUCCGCCCUGGAUGCAUUUUCAUUUCCUUGCCGGUCACUUCCAUCUACCCCAACAUGAGUCUUUAACAAUGAUCCCUUUUCUCCCGCACUGCCUCAUUCUGUGGGAUACAACAUGGAGGUCAUUUCUCUGCCAGUAUUUAUAUUGGGGAGACUCUUGGGCAACUGUGGAAUCCACCGUUUGGACUCAGUCUUUGGAAGAAGUUCACUUGUUUGUUUAUUCAUUGGUGGCCAUUUUGGGAGCCCUUUAUUUGUUUAGUUGCUAGAAGAAGAAGAAAGCCAAACAAAAUGUCUGUCCUUCUCCAUCUGACAAUACCAAGAAGAUUGGGUGGAGGUGGGGAUGCUGGGGACAGUGGAGGGCAGGAGGUUCUCCAGUAUUUUUUGUACCCUCCAUACGGGGAGAAAUUUGUGACUGUGAAUUCCUAAAUGGCCACAUCCGGUGGAUUUUGAGAAGCAGUGUAUCGUGUGUGACAUUUAGUGGAACGCCAGAAGAGGCAGGACUUCGUGUGUUAGACUGGGGGAACGUGGUCAAGCUUUCCUGUAUUGCAGGAAAACAAAAAGAAAAUGGGGGGGAAAUGAAAUGUGGUCUUUUGCAGCUUUAACAGAGGUUUCUUGUUUUGUUUUUUCCUUUUGGUUUUUGUUUUUUUGAUCCGAGAGUUUCUUAGCUUUGUUGGUGGAAUUUUACUGUUGGACAUUGUUGAUUAUAGAAGUUCUUGUGCA